AUGCAAACAGAUAAAUCAGAGCAGAUGAGAUCGGUGGCAGCAGAUACUCGAGGGAAACACAGAAUUUCGGCUGAAUUGAAGAGACUUGAACAAGAAACUCGCUUCUUGGAGGAGGAAUUGGAUCAGCUUGAAAAAAUGGAUGCAGCAUCGGCUGCAUGCAAGGAAAUCUUAAGUAAUGUGGAAACAAGGCCAGAUCCACUACUUCCAAUCACAAAUGGGCCCACAAAUCCAUCAUGGGAUCGAUGGUUUGAGGGACCUCAAGAUAAAUCGGGUUGCAGAUGUUGGAUACUUUAA